AUGGCCCCGAAAAGAAAAGCCUUUGCUGGGGAUGUUUCAACUUCCAAGCGUCGACAGCGAGCCACUAUAGACCAUGACGAUCCUAUCUACGAAGAGGUUCAUUCAGAUGCCGAAUAUUCAGGCUCAGGUACCCCCAGCUUGAUUAGUGAUGACAUGAACGACACUCCUGCGACACCGAUCUCUACGACAUCUUCACGGUAUCCGUCUGAGCUCAAGACUCACUGCUGUCCAUUCGAAGGAUGUUUGAAAGCAUUCAAUCGCCCAGCUCGAUUACAAGAACACAUUCGGUCGCACAACAAUGAAAGGGUCUUCCAUUGCACAUUCGAUGGUUGCGAGAAAUCCUUCCUUCGUGCGUCUCAUCUUCAACACCACACCAAGAGCGCGCACACCGGGAUACGUGACUACAUCUGCGAUCGUCCAGGCUGUGGGAAGGGUUUCGUGACCGGAUCACGCCUUCGUCGGCACAUUGCGGCGCAUGACGGUCGAGACAAAUUUCGCUGUACCGAGUAUCCACCAUGUGAGGAGACUUUUCGGAAACAUUCUACUCUACAAAAACACAUCAUUAGUGUUCAUCUGCAUCAGAAGCCCUUUCCAUGCACGCACAUUGAUGAGACGACGGGGCAGCAGUGCCAGAUGGCGUUCGAUACCGCUGGCAACCUUCGCGCCCAUACAAGCCGAGUGCACACAGAAAAGCGGUUUAGCUGCACGGAGUGUAUGGCCCGCCUUCAAGGGCAGUGCCCGAAUCAGCAGCUGGAAAGCCUGCCCAACCAAUCCACAACGUUUCCUUCAUACGCGCUCCUGCAAGCUCAUAUUAGAACGGUACAUCCUCCCAAGUGUCCAAAAUGCCCCAUCGCCUGUUCUACUUCUCGAGAAUUACGCCGCCACCUGGAAGUCGCCCACGGCGAUGUGCCGCUAGAAGAACGAAAGGUUUUCAAGUGUACCGUUGAUGGGUGCGAUCGAAGCUUCACCAAAAAAGGCAACCUGACCGUGCAUAUUCGAACCUAUCAUGAAGGCGAAAAAAGAUUUGCCUGCGGCGAGACCGAUCUCUCAGCCUCAAAGAAGGUUGCCGGCUGGGAUGGUCAAGGCUGUGGCAAACGGUAUGGCACCAAGCUUGCCCUAGAGGAGCAUAUUCGCACGUCGCACUUGGGAUUUAAAAACUCCAAAGCAGAGCGACGAGACCGACUCGGGUUGACCAACAAACCAAAUACCACCCCUCAGGUGUCUACUCUGGCGGCGCUGACCGGCCAGGGCUACGCCGAGGAAACGGGCCGUCACAUUCCUUGUUUCUAUGAGACAUGUGAGCAUCGGUUUCACCGCGACUAUGACCUCUGGGUCCACAUGUCUGCUAAACAUGGCUGCUCAGAGGACCAAGUGCAAUCCUUUUUCAUGCAGCGAGCGCUUUUGGCGGACAAUGUUGGCCUUGGGGGAAACUCGCUCGGCAUCUACGGCCUUGAAUUCGACGAGAGCUUCUCAACUACGGCACGCGCAGCACUUCCCUCGGAGUCGCAGACUGAGCGGGACACUGACGUGUUGAUGCAUGCUGAAUACCCUUAUAAGACAGACGGCAGUCUGGAGUCUUUACUUUCCAACCAUGAUGACAUGUUCAGGCCUGAGGAUCAGACGUUUCCCUACACGGGGGAACAGUGA